UACAACUGAAGUACAACAUCGUACGUCAGGCAGCCCAGGGAUUCCUGCAGCACCACUCUCAUCCCGAGCCAGGCAGAGUGAAUACAACUGCUGUCUUACACUACUGUAUUAUUCAAUUUGUGCUUCAAGCAGCUAAGGACACUCGUGAUUAUCUGAUCUCAGCGGCUAUUGUUCCCAGGAUGUCAGCCGACGAAAAUAGCGAAGCUUUCUUCGACGGCCACUGGAUGCGAGAAGCCACUUUUGGGGAAACCUUCUUCGAGGAGCACCACUUGAAGGCCCAUUUCUUGACUUGCUACAGACUGAACCUCAAGAGUAAGUCUCCACUGAAGGAGGAGGAUGUGAGACUCGCCCUCACUUACCUGUACAGGAAAUGUCCGAGCCUCCAGUUCUGCUUUGGGACGAAAGAUGGAAAGACCUGGAUCAGGAGAUCAACCAACCCUGAAAUUGACUUUCAGGUCCUCCACGGCAAGGAAGUCAGAGAGGUGAGGGAAUGCCUGCACUCGUAUCGAUACAGUUCCAACACAGGUCCCCUGUUCUGCGCGCGUCUUCUCCUCGACUGCCCUGACCUCCCUCUCGACGCCGACGACCUCGAACCGCCGUCGUUCCACGGUUCCAUCCUGCUGUUCGGUCUGCACCACAGCAUAAGCGACGGGACCACCAACAUGUACAUCAUGAAGUUCUUCGUGUCCCUCCUGAACGACGUCAUUUCAAAGAAGACGGUCGAUGUGGACGAGCCCCUCGGUGUCCUAGUAGGCAACGAUUACAUCGGGGAGGAAAUUGGCGAGAAGAUCGCCAUGCUGAUGAGCGACCAAAGUCUCAGGGAGAAGGCGGCCAAGAGGAUCGAAGAAAGCGACGGCAACUCCCCCUACAUCAUCACCGCCUUCCCGAAACCGAACGAGCGGUGUAUGACCCACAGCUACGAGUACAUCAUCGACCAGGAAACCACCGCGAGAUUCUUCAAGAGAUGUCGAGCAGAGAAGGUCACCAUCAACUCUGGGUUUUCGGCUGCCGCCAACGUCGCUCUGGUCGACCUAGUUCGGGAGAACGGCGUUGCUCGUGACUCUUACGUUAUGCAGAACGCCCACUUGAUCAACUUGCGCCGCUACUGGAAGAAACCUAUCCCUAAUGCCCUGGGGGUCCACACUGGAUUCCCUUUGAUUGUACUCACAGAGGUCCCUGGGAACGUCGGGUCCAAUUACUGGGACUACGCACGCGCCCUGCACGCCCAGAUCUCUCAGAACCUCCAGGAGAAGACCUCCCUCUUCGACCAGGCGUACCAGACGAUCGCAAACAUCCAGAUGGGGACGCCCUCCGCCGACUUCAAGUCCUUCACCACCGACUUCACCAUCUCCAACAUGGGAGAUGCCACUCCCCUGGCCACGGAGGGAGGCGAGGAGGUCAGGAUCACCCACAUUACGAGGUCGACUUCGAAUCACCUGGUGGACAAGUGUCCCAUGUCGAUCAUCUGUCACACCUUCCGUGGGAAGUUCACGAUGACCUUCGACUACAACGCUGCCGUUCUCGAGAGGGACUUCAUCAUCAGGUUUUGCAGGCAGAUCGUUAAGCGUAUGCAGGACGUGGAGUAACUCCCAACAGGACGAGACGGCAAAUCUCUAUUGACAGGUAUACCCUUGCAUACAUAGCCCACUAUGUCAGAAAGUUGAAUAAUUACAAAUAAAAUAAAAUAUAUAACACACAUGCAUCACUAUGUACAGAAACCAGAAUAUGGACAUUCAAGGCCAUUAUUACUAGUAACUAAAUAUUAAUCUAAAGGGGCAAGAGAUGGGCCAUCACCUGAUGUAAACUUUAUUAUGUACAUUACUUAGAAAGUAUAACAGCGGUAACUGA